CUGACAUCCUCACCAUACCACAUUCAUCGUCCAUAUCUCUGCUCAUCGUACAUCUGGCUCGAGGCAUAAGUGAGGGGAAGAUCACCUCUCUGACACAUGAUGGAUCCUUCACAGGAGUUCUACUCUUUUGUGAAGCUGACCGACCUGCCAUCGUCGCUGUCCUUCUCCAUCCGCGUCAAUUCCCUUCAAGGCAACCUGCAGCGCUCCUCCCUCGUCGACCUCCUCGAAUCGCCGUCACAGAAAGGGUGGGGAACUAACAUCGAGCCAUAUCCACCAUUCUAUCUCACUCUGCGUCUAUACUCGGCCAACAAGCCUCUCACCCCUGUCCAUCGUACCCCCUUCAAGGCAUUCAAGAAGGCAUGGGUCUGGAAUUCCACAGUCGACUUUGGUUUUCCCGUCAGGCAGCUACCCCUGGACGCUCAGCUGGGCAUUACCAUCUGGGAUUCUAGAGGUCUGGAUCCGCAUGUGGAUGGGGAUGACCGUCAGGAAGACCGAGUCAUUGGCGGAACGACAUUGAGGCUCUUCGGCAAGAAGGGUACAUUGAAAAAGGCUCAGCAUCGCUGCUUUGUACACCUGGGCGUCAAGGCUGAUGGAACAGUCAAUAGUGAGACGGGUAGCAAGGGAAAGCUCGGAGAGGGCGGAGAAGAGGGCAAGGAAGGCAUGAGCAAGAUGAGCAGACUGGAGAAGCUGAUCAAGAGGCACGAGCGAUCAGAUCUUCCUCACCUCAAAUGGCUCGACAAGCAGACGUAUAGGGUGAUCGAAGGCAUCCAUGCAAAAGAGUCAGAGAGUCUUCAGGAUGAGCUCUGGCUCUACAUUGACCUACCACGCUUCGAAUGGCCCAUUGUUUGGUGCGAAGAGGAGCUUUCAUCGGACCCCUCAAGCAGCUUAGCCCCUCAUCAUAUCUUCCAAGGAGGUAGAGGAGCGGCAAGACCGCUUUCCGGUGCCUCAGGCACCUCCACCAACUCAUCUACAGCGGCUGCUCUGGCGAAUGCAGCGAAUACCCCCCAGCCCAUCCCUGCAGCGACUACAAGUGCUAACGCUCAGGGGAAUCUGGUCAGACCGGCAGAAAAAAUUGAGCGGUCCUUAUUCACUCUGCCUGAUCCAGAGUCGCAGCGAGAGAAUCCAAUUGAGGCCAAGCAUCGACGCCUCGUGCGAGCUCAGCGCUCUCGUCGUCGGGGACUAGGAGGUUCUACCGGUGGUCUGGGAGGGGCAGGUAUAGGCAACUUAGCUCUAGCUCGCAACCUCAAACCAGACAAAAAGGCCAGAGAUGAAAUCGAGAACAUUCUUUCAUCUCCACCCACAAGGGAGCUGACAGACAAAGAGUCGGAUCUCUUGUGGACGUACCGCUUCUACCUCACCAAGAACCCACGCGGCUUGACCAAAUUCUUGAAGGCGGUCAGCUGGAACGACCGAGUGGAGAGCAGGAUGGCAGUCGAUACAGUCUUGCCCCUCUGGGGCGGUGGAGGAGCUACGACUGCUGUUGACGGUACGACAAUUACCACCACUCCAGUGGAAAUUGGCGAUGUCCUUGAGCUGCUUGGUCCGGCGUGCAAAAUGAUGGACACAGCAGUGCGGAAGUGGGCAGUCGAGCGAUUGGCGGAAAGAGAUGAUGCUGAGAUCUCUCUUUACCUGCUACAGCUCGUACAAGCUCUCAAGCUCGAUGAGAGGGACGAUGAUGAAGAGGUGAGCUCUACUUCCAGUGGCGCAAGUCGCAGACCUCAGACGGGAGCCAGUCAGAAGAGCAGCAGUUCUGCAGCAGUCCUCGAGUCAUCGGCCGUCAGCAAGAAUAGUCCUUCUCUGGGACCACUCACAGAGCUCCUCGUGGCCCGAGCGCUGGCAUCAGCUCGCGCUCCUACCACUCCUCCUGCUACCUUCUCCCUCCUGAUCACCUUUUACUGGUACCUGUCCGUCGAGUGCGCAGAUGAUCGAUGGGGCAUCCUCUAUCGUCGUAUCCGACGUCGGCUUGAGAAGGGACUAGACCAAGCUGGCGAGGUAGGCCAGCGAUACUUGUCUAUUAUCCGUCGACAGGAGCAGAUGGUCAACAAGCUGGGAGAGAUGGCUAGAGGGUUGCGACAGAGUAAGGAUGGCCGUCUGAAGAAAAUUGAAAAGCUGAAAGAGGCCGUCAAGAACGAGAAGGGGAUGGGAUUGCUAGAUGUGGCUGAGGCUGACCAACAUGGAAGCGCCCCCUUGGCUCCGGCUGGAGGUCUGCCACUGCCUCUGGACCCUACCAUUCUCGCCAAACACAUCAAGGCCGAACAGUGCACGGUCUUCAAGUCGAACCUCUUCCCGCUUCUGAUCUGGUUCGAGACCGAGCCUAUCGCUCCAGCUCAUGAGACGACCGAUCCCAGCGACGCCCACCAGAGCGCACCAGCCGUCGAGGAGUAUGCCCUCAUCUUUAAAUCGGGAGACGACCUACGUCAGGACCAGCUCGUCCUACAGCUUUUCCAACUUAUGGACCGACUACUUCUCAAUGAAAAUCUAGACCUGAAGCUGACGCCGUAUAGGGUUCUAGCAACGGCACCAAAGGAGGGCAUGGUGCAAUUUGUCAAGAGCAAGACACUGGCGAAUAUCGUCAAUGAGCACGGCACUUUGAAUGAGUAUCUCAGAGUCGGCGGGGGCGCUGGGACCGAAGAAGAGAAGAUGGAUCGGUUUGUAAGGAGCUGCGCAGGGUAUUGCGUUGUCACGUACCUGCUAGGCGUAGGUGAUAGACACUUGGACAAUCUACUCCUAGCGCCUGACGGACGUUUCUUCCACGUCGAUUUUGGGUACAUCCUCAACCGUGAUCCCAAACCCUUUCCUCCACCCGUAAAAGUCUCAAAAGAAAUGGUCGACUGCAUGGGUGGUCCAACUUCACCCAAUCAUGCCCGCUUUCGUCAAUUAUGCUUUACCGCUUUCAGCAUCUUGCGCAAGAAUGCCAAUCUCAUCCUCAAUCUAGUAGGACUCAUGCAAGAUGCUCCAGUGGGAGAUAUUAAAGUCGAACCGGAUCGAGCAGUGGGCAAAGUCUUGGAAAAGUUUAGAUUGGACUUGAGCGAUUCGGAUGCAAGAGUCUUCUUUGACGAUUUGCUACAGCAGAGUAGCUACCUCACCGUCGUAUUCGAUCGAUUACACGAUGCGGCGCAAUUCUUCCGCUCUUGAGAGGGGAUGGGGAAAAGCGAGAUGUGGAUUCGUAUAUAUCAGACUCGACAAAUGCCAAUUGCGUGCAUUGCAUUUACUCUCUACUGUCGUCUAAGUACUUUUGUCCCUUUCCCGCCAUUAUCUGAGCACUUCGUCCAGCCCAAAGCCCGUCGACUCAGAAGGCCCCUUCCUGUACCUGAUCCUUCUCCACGCUACCCCAAAAAUCUCCUCAACCAACGCCCUCUGUCCGCCCUCCUUCUCUCCUGCCACUCCUACUCCUAUGCAGAAUUCACCGCCGCCGCUGCCAUUUGCACCUCUUUCGUCGCCUCUCUCCUAAACGCCUCGAGCGAGCGCAGGGCUCCUCCUCCGUUCAGAGACU